AUGGAGGCCACAACCUGUAAUGGAUCAGGGGAUACCUCACCAGUCUUCUACCUGGUGGGUAUUCCCUCUUUGCCAGAGUCCUUCUUCCUCCCUGUAUUUUUUCUUUUCCUCCUCUUCUACCUUCUCAUCCUUGUAGGCAAUUUCCUGAUCCUUGUGGCUGUGGCAGCAGAGCCCAGUCUCCACAAGCCCAUGUAUUUCUUCUUGAUCAACCUUUCUACCCUGGACAUCCUUUUCACCACAACCACUGUUCCAAAGAUGCUGUCCUUAUUUCUGCUUGGGGACCACUUCCUCAGCUUUCCUUCCUGUUUAUUGCAGAUGUACCUUUUCCAAAGCUUUACAUGUUCCGAAGCCUUCAUCCUGGUGGUCAUGGCCUAUGACCGCUAUGUGGCUAUCUGCCGCCCACUGCACUACCCUGUCCAUAUGACCCCACAGACCAAUGCUGCGCUGGCAGCCAGUGCCUGGAUCAUUGCCCUCCUCCUGCCCAUCACAGCAGUAGUGAAAACUUCCCAGAUGGCAUAUAACAACAUUGCCCGCAUCUACCACUGCUUCUGUGAUCAUCUUGCACUGGUCCAGGCCUCGUGCUCUGACACUGCCCCCCAGACCCUCAUGGGCUUCUGCAUUGCCAUGGUGGUAUCCUUCUUACCUCUUCUCCUGGUACUUCUCUCCUAUGCCUGCAUCUUGGCCUCAGUACUUCGCAUCAACUCCCGAGAAGGACGUUCGAAAGCCUUCUCCACCUGCAGCUCCCACCUCCUGGUGGUUGGCACAUACUACUCAUCCAUUGCUAUAGCCUACGUAUCCUACAGGGCUGAGCUGCCCCGUGACUUCCAUAUCAUGGGCAAUGUAGCAUAUGCUAUUCUCACCCCUAUCCUCAACCCCCUCAUCUACACCCUGAGGAACAAGGAUGUCAAAGCAGCCAUCACCAAAAUUGUUUGUCUUAAGACUCAAGGUGGGAUAGGAGCUCUUGAUUUUUAG